AUGCCCCACCGCGAGAGGCUCAAGGUCUUCUCCGGCAGCGCGCACCCCGAGCUCUCAAACGAGAUCGCCAACUACCUCGGCAUGGACCUCGGCGACAGGGUCAUCAAAAAGUUCGCCGACGGCGAGGUCUACGUCCAGAUCAAGGAGUCCAUCCGCGGCUGCGACGUCUUCCUCGUGCAGCCCACGUGCCCGCCCAACGUCAACGACAACCUCAUGGAGCUCCUCAUCAUGAUCGACGCGUGCAGGCGCGCGUCGUGCCGCUCGAUCACCUGCGUCAUCCCCUACUACGGGUACGCCCGCGCCGAUCGCAGGACCUCCGGCCGCGAGUCCAUCGCGGCGAAGCUCGCGGCUAACCUGCUCACCCAGGCUGGCGCGACUCGCAUCGUCAUGCUGGACAUCCACUCGCUGCAGACGAUUGGAUACUUUGACAUUCCCGUGGACCACAUCUACGGCGAGACGGUCAUCCUGGACUACCUCACGUCCAAGGACUUCUCCCCGAAGGACCUCGUCGUCGUGUCCCCCGACGUCGGCGGCGUGCCGAGGGCGAGGGCUUUCGCGAAGAAGCUCUGCGACGCGCCCAUGGCGAUCAUCGACAAGCGCCGCACGGGACAUAACAAGGCGGAGGUGAUGAACCUCAUCGGCGAGGUUGAGGGUAAGGUUGCGAUCAUGCUCGACGACAUGAUCGACACGGGCGGGACCCUGGUGGCGGGCGCCAAGCUCCUCAGGGACCAGGGCGCUAAGGAUAUCUACGCGUGCGCCACACACGCCAUCUUCUCGCCCCCCGCCGUGGAGAGGCUCGGAUCUGGCGUCUUCACGGAGGUGAUCGUGACCAACUCCAUCCCGCACACGCCGGAGAGGGAUUUCCCGCAGCUCACCGUGCUGAGCGUCGGUAACCUCCUGGGCGAGACCAUCUGGAGGGUGCACAACGACAACCCGGUGAGCUUCAACAAGCUCUGA